AACAUUCUUCUGUUGUUUUUGUCAAAUAGCAAGUAUUAUGCUCUUUUUUGCUGUUUUUUAGAAGUAAGAUUUUUUACGGUCUUACAGAAAUGAAGCUGUGUUCACUAAUCAAUAGCAGUAAUAUUUUAGGUACUGUUUAAUGAGUUUGGCUUGGUGCCUUGUUAAGUUUAAUCUGGCUAGAAACUGAAUUAGAAUGCGGGAUUGGGGUCAAUGGCAUUAUGACAUUGUCGUGUUUUUCUCAUGUCUGUUAAGGUUUCUGUUUUUUUUUUUCUUUUUUGGCGUUUAUCUUCUUUGGAAAAAGAAGUUGGGAGAUUAAAUGAUAAUGAUCUUAAAGCAAGAGGAAUGGUCUCUAGAGUGUUUUAAGGAAAAGGGAACAGCUUGUGAUUUUGUAUAGUUUUUACAAAGAAGGCUGUUUUAUGACUUUUAGUUCCGCGAAGUUGUCAUGAGAGAAGGGGUAGAAUAAAUAAUACUUGGUGGAAGUUUUCAAAGGAGAUCUCACGUAUCCUUUGAAGUAUGCUAUUCUGUCGAUCCAAUUAAAGUCCACAGGCAUGGGUGGUCACAUGCUGCUACUGUCCCUUCUGAGGCAUCGGAUGCCCAGAAAGGCCCAAAAAGGGUUCCAAGACAUGAAAGAAUAGCUAUGGUGGAGUCUUUUGUGAACAAGUAUAGAGCAGAGAAUGCUGGGAAAUUCCCUACAAUAUCAGAUGCCCAGAAACAAGUUGGUGGCAGUUUUUAUGUUGUCCGGGCUAUCAUUCAGGAAUUAGAAUACAAGUCUAGAACAAAUUCUUCAAAUAGUGUGGAUGAGAUUUUGGUGGAAAAACAAUUUGAUAACAGUAAACACCCCGCCACCAAGUCUGCGAGUGUUUCAUCUGGUAAUAUUGAGAUUGCAAAAUACAAUGCUAUCGAAUAUGGUUCUCAAUCUGUAGAUUUGAAUUACAAGGAGACUGUGAACGCUGGAUAUGAGCAUCAUGAAGGAAAGAGAGAGACACGUACUUCGUGUGGGGAGAGGAGAUUGUUUGAAGAAGUAGAAAUCAUGUCUACAUCAGAUAAUCAUUGCAUUGCACCUGAAAGUAAUCUUGUGAAAAUGUGUUCUAAGGAGCCUUACCCAUCAAGUCUCCAUAUGCCAAAUGAUAUCAAGACAGAGGAAGCUGUCCCUAGUUGUUCUGAUUCUUUUGCACCUGAAAGUCAGCUGCUACUAGAGGAAAGCCAUCAUUUUUCUCCUUUGUCUAGUCAAAAUGAUGGUACUGGUUACGAUAGAGCUCGGGGCCACAAAUAUGACUUUGUUCAUGUAGAAAAUCAUAAAAAAUUGGAUGAAAAGUGCAUUAAGAAAGCAGAUUGCGAGAGAAGGGAGCAACUUGAUUUGGAAGACCUGUCUAGAGAGCUUCCCCAUUCAAGUCUCCAGGUGCCAAAUGAUGUGAAGUGUAGUGAAGCUUUAUCUAGUUCUUCUGAUUCUGUUACCCCAGAAAGGCACCCUCUAAAAGAAGAAAUAAACCAAUUUUCUGCUCCUUUUAUUGAAAAAUCUGUAAGCAGUUGCAGCAAAGGUAAGAACCACGAUUCUAAGUUUGUUGAUAUGGAAAACCAUUCAGCAUUUGAGAAAGCAGGGUAUGAGACAAAAGACAAAGAGGCUGUCAAUGGUUCAAAGCUUGAAAUAGAGCAACCGCAAAAGUCUUCAGAGUUGGAUGAGUACAAAAUGGACAUCCCUAAUACCAAGGAUAACAAUGUUGCAGUCUAUUCAGAAAAAUCAACUUUGUGGGGAAAUGUCAAGUCAUUUGCUAAUGGCAUCUUAAAUAUCUGGAAAAAAUUGUGAAGCUUGAUGAAAGUGUAUGGUGCAAGUUGUAAGGAUCUCAAUCUUACUGUGCAUCUUAGACGGUAUGCAUAGGAUUCAUGGGAUUCCUAACUCUUUUUAUGUACCUGCAAAUUCUAUUCUCCUUUUUUGCUAUCCUUAGACAUUUCCAGAGGUUUUGAAGCUGAGUUCAGCUAUGAUAAAGCUGCCUGCUCGACUUAUUUGUAAGAUAUUUGCGCAUGAGUUUCUAGCUCCUCUGCUCCCUUGGCCCCCAUUUUGGGCGGGAGGGGAUCAAUACUAUAGUUCCCAGUCUAGGUAAUUAGCUUUCCACUGUAAAUGAGUCUCAAAGGAAAUGCUCGAUUUUUCAAA